AAUAUUUUCACGUGAGGCGCCGGCUGUAACUGUGGGCCGCGCAUUGCAUAACAUUAGCAUCCUGGCUAACGUUAGCCUCUUACGUCAGCUCCGCGUUCUAGUUUAAAAUUGAUUUAUCCCAUUCCAACAAAGUGAAUUCAUAUGCCAUUGCGUCGACCACACAACUUUAAUUUAAACAUGUUUUCCGUGUGACGUUUAACAGCUUUUGUCAACUUGCUAAAGUUAGCCGCUAAUUAGCCGCUAGGUUUGUCUGCUGGAAGAAUGGGCGUCACAUAAACCGUAAUUAGCCCUAGCCCGUAGUUAGCUUUGCCAGCUAAACGAGUUAGCAGGUAACACCGUUGCUGGCAGCAGUCCCUGAGAUAUUUCCAUCGUCGGGGGUUUAGUUGAGAGUCCUGGCUGAUGUUUUUGCAAGCCGCUAGCCCCUCCCUCACAUCCUUCUACAACCGAGCCACUUGUCUGUUUGUGAAGUAAUCCUACGCUGGAGCUCCACAGACAGACAACGAUGAAGAGGAACAGGCAUCCGAGCAGCAGUGGUGACGACUCCGACAAUGGAAGUAAUUCUACCUGUUGGUCGCAUCACUCAUCGCAGCCGAGGAGGAGCACCGGACAGAAACCCUCCGAGGUUUUCAGAACGGACCUGAUCACAGCCAUGAAGGUGCACGACUCGUACCAGCUGAACCCGGAGGAUUAUUACGUCCUCGCCGACCCGUGGAGGCAGGAGUGGGAGAAAGGCGUCCAGGUCCCCGUCAGUCCACAGUCCAUCCCUCAGCCGGUCACCAGGGUUUUGGCAGAAAAAGGGAAGGAGGUCAUGUUCGUGAGGCCAAAGAAGUUGAUCCGGACGUCGGGCGCCGAGGCGUUGGGAUACGUGGACAUCCGGACGCUGGCGGACGGGAUGUGCCGCUACGACCUGAACGAGGAAGACGUGGCCUGGCUGCAGAUCAUCAACCAGGAAUUUUCUGAGAUGGCGAUGCCGACGCUGGACGAGAUCACGAUGGAGCGAGUGAUGGAGGAGUUCGAGCACCGCUGUUAUGAGAACAUGACCCACGCCGUUGAGACGGAGGAGGGUCUUGGCAUUGAGUACGACGAGGACGUGGUCUGUGAUGUCUGCCAGUCCCCUGACGGCGAGGACAACAACGAGAUGGUGUUCUGCGACAAGUGCAACAUAUGUGUUCACCAGGCGUGUUACGGCAUUCAGAAAGUUCCGAAGGGCAGCUGGUUGUGCCGGAUCUGCGCCCUCGGCAUCCUGCCAAAGUGCCAGUUGUGUCCGAAGAAAGGUGGAGCCAUGAAACCCACCAGAAGUGGAACCAAGUGGGUCCACGUCAGCUGUGCCUUGUGGAUCCCAGAGGUGAGCAUUGGGAAUCCAGAGAAGAUGGAGCCGAUCACCAACGUGUCCCACAUUCCCAGUAACAGAUGGGCUCUGAUCUGCUGCCUGUGUAAAGAGAAAACCGGCGCCUGCAUCCAGUGUUCAGCGAAAAACUGCCGGACUGCCUUCCACGUCACGUGCGGCCUACACGCCAGCCUCGAGAUGAACACCAUCCUCACCGAAGAGGACGAGGUCAAGUUCAAGUCCUACUGUCCCCAGCACUCGGGUCUGGAGGGGACCGAGUCCAGAGACCAGGACUCCGGAGGCGAGGACGAGAAGGAGGGCAUCCGAGUCAAGAAGAGCAAACGGAGAGGCCGGGUCAGAGGGGAGGAAGACGCCGCCGCGGCCUCCUCAUCUUCGUCGUUUAACGCCGUUUCUCAAGUCGCCACCAACGACCCGGAGAACCUGAGCAGCCGGCAGCAGGAGAAGAGAGUCAACCUCCGCAAACUGAAGCUGCAGGAGAUGGAGGAGGACUUCUACCAGUACGUGGAGGCGGAGGAGGUGGCCGCACACCUGAAGCUGCCGCUGGAGGUGGUGGACUUCCUGUACCAGUACUGGAAACUGAAACGCAAAGCCAACUUCAACCAGCCGCUGCUCACGCCCAAGAAGGACGAGGAGGAGAGUCUGGCACGACGCGAGCAGGAGGUGUUACUACGACGACUGCAGCUGUUCACGCACCUACGCCAAGAUCUGGAGAGGGUCCGUAACCUGACCUACAUGGUGACUCGGAGGGAGAAGAUGAAACGUUCGCUGUGGAGAGUCCAGGAACAGAUCUUCCAGCACCAGGUCCGACUGCUGGACCACGAGCUGCUCAAAGGGGAUCCGUCAGCGAAGGACCUGGAGAAGCUCUUCUCUCUGGGCUGGUUGUCGUCUCAGGGCUCCCAGUCGCGCUCUUCCUGGAGCCACUCUGGAACCAAACCCAAACGAGGUUCGUCAAAGCAGGAAAAAAGGAAAAGCCACGACAGCAGGGGCGUGUCCGACUCUGCACACACUCACAAGAAGGACCCCAGCGGCAGAUUAGCGGAGACCAGGGACAGCAAAGGCCCCAAAGUCAAGGAGUCGGAACCCGCCGACGCCGAGAACUUCACGAAAACCCAAACCACGGAGAACGGCCCGGACGUUCAGAACCCUAAGCUCCAGAGGUCGGAGGUCAUUCAGGAAACAAUCGCUGUCAAACUGCACAAACCUGAGAGCAGGAGAGGCCAAAGGAGGGAGGGGGCGGGACCCGAGUACGACGCUUUGGCGAGACGGAAACGAGACAACGACCACGAGCAAGAGGAGAAGAGGAGGAAGAGGAAGAGCGAGGAGAUGGAAGGCGUGGCCGUUCAGGAGAAGAGCAGGGUGGGAUUAAAGCACCUGGAGAAAACCGUCUCCAUCCGGCUGGUCGACAUCCGACACUCCGACGCCGACGACUACUUCACCGAUGAAGUGAUGGGCAAAAGGGGCGGAGUCCCUUUGGCAUCUGCCGCGGCGGUCCAAUACGGCGCCACCAGAGCUAACGGCUGGCUGAAGAAAGGCCCUUCCAACGGGUCGCACGCCGCCAACGGGCCCCUGCGGAGCUGGGGAAAGUUUCGCAUCCCCAAGAGGAGUGACAGGCCUUCGACCGAGGAGCAGGAGGCGGUGCCGGAGCCACGCAAAGCGCUGCUGAGGCCGCUGACCAACACGCCCGAGCCGCCGUCGUACCCCAGGACCCGACUGCGGUCCGGCUCGGAGAACGACGGCUACGCCUCCGACUCCAAACCCGGAGACGGCGACGUGGAGCCCUGCCUCAAACGCUGCCACUCCCACCAGCUGAGGGGCGACUCCACGCUCGGCCGGCGCUACGGCUCGGACAUCAUCCGGCGAGGCGUCCUGGCGUCCUGAUGGAGCGCCGGCGCCAAAACUCUGAGAAAUAAGCUGCACUGUGUCAGUCGGAGAUGAACGACGGUCGCUCUUUGUACCUUUAUUUUUCUGGAUAAAUCCUAAAUAUGCCUAGAGUAAAACAGAGCUGAUAUUUAUUUUUUAUUUGUAACAUAUGUAAAACUUGGGAAAUAUUUUACUUUUUACUUUAUUUUGAGCUAGUUUUAUUUUUCCCUCGAUGUUAGACAGAUGUCAAGUUGCCACUUAAUGCUCGCUCAGAUAUUUACAAGCAAAAGCAUCACCUGAGGAAAAAUGUGAUUGUUGCUUGGGACCAUAAGCUCGCGAUGUACAUUUAUUUUUGGAAUAGUAUUAAACGUGGCCAUGAGUCAGUUGCACUUAGUCGAAAAAGCUGAAACACAAAAUAGACUCUUGUUUGUAUUAAGCUUCAUCACGUCUUGCUAAUUACAGGAAGUCCAACUGCCCUUUUAUCGCUAUGGAAACGCCCGCUGUUGUCAUUUCUGCACUCUGUAUCCGAAGCUCAACUUUAACCAUGAACUGGGGAUUUACGAAAAAGGAAUGAUCCAAUGACAUUUGACAUGUCGUCAGCACUUAAGUGUAAUUGAACUGCGAUAUCGUAUCCAUCAUGUGCCUAACUUUGAUUUCAAGCGUUUGCACUACAAGAGGAUGGCACAGGUGGGAGGUAUGAGUAGAGUUAUUUUUACACUGAAACAAAAAAGAGUUAAAGAAAAAUGUUUUGUACCCUCAGCCGCUGCUGUACUACUGUUAUGCAAAAUGAAGAGGAAUAAAAACUCUGGAGGAAUUCA